CACACCAACUUCUCACUGAUACUUUUUUUAAGUUUCGCCAUAAACAAAGUUCCACUAUAAUGGCUCCGGCGGCUCACGCCAUCCUUCACUUCAGGCUUGAGCCGUCUGUAUCCACAAUAUAGACGCAGACCUCGGCAAAUCACGAGCGGACGGGAGCUAUUAUGUGGCGAUGGACUAUGUACGGAUGGAGGCUGGAAUACUCCUUUCUAAUAUAUUAUAUUCCUUUGCUAUUAUUAUUAAGUCGUAUUUGACAGGCUAUCAUAAAAAUUGAGCCGCAGUGUGUAUAUCGGGAGCAAUGGCGGCAACUUCGGAGGCAGAACGUGCCAGGGCGAUGAUGGCGAUCCAGAGUGUUUUUGACCGAUUUCAUCUCAUCUCCGCCGAUGCGCCUGUAAAAUACUUUGAUGACCAAGUUAUGCGCGAUGCAAAGGUUAUUGAUGGAUCCCCUGACGGACGUGCCUCGUUCGAGAUACGCAUUACGCCGUACUACGGCAACAUCAACGGCGUUUUACACGGUGGCGCAGCGGGGGUUAUAUUUGAUAUGUUGACCACGGCGGCAUUGGCGCCGUUAUCGAGACCUGAUUACUGGGAUUUCCUCGGUGGUGUGACACGCUGUCUGAACAUCUCCUUCCUCCGCGGCGUCCCCAUCGACACCGUCGUCCGCGUCAACAGCAAAGUAACACAGGUCGGCCGGACCAUGGCCAUGAUCCAAAGCGAGAUGGUCAGCUUAGAUGGGAAGAUCACAUACUGCACAGCGGAGAACCACAAAGUUAGCGUGGCCACACCGGCGCAUCACCUCAGUGAGAAGUACGAAGUCGAGUGGGAUCGCGUGAUGAAGGCGGAAGGCAAGAUGCCGAACGGACUGUGGACGCCGAAGAAGGUGAAGGGGAAGUUAUAGGGGUAUUGGUGUAGAUAACGGUGAGAUGUAUAUAACAGCACAUAGGCAAGAGUUGCAUAUAGACAAUAUAGAG